AUGGCAUCUUAUAAACGGGACCUUCUUUCUGGGGACCAAGCUGCCACUGCAGAGGGCAGCUCCAAGAAAAUCCCCCCGCCUGAACGGACCGCUACCUUCAACGACUACGUUCGUGUCUUUUCUUAUGCUACCAAGUGGGAUCUCAUCGUCUAUGCUUCUGGCGUGGUGGCUGCUAUCGGUUGUGGAGUCACCACGCCUAUGAUGAAGCUUUGUCGGGAAUUCACUAGUUUUACCAACAGAGAUAUCAACGAGGGCCUCGAUGGGUUCCGAGACUCUCUCGACAAGCUAUGUCUCUACAUGUUUGCCCUCUUCAUCGCCCGUUUCAGCCUGAGCGCUAUUCACAGAUUUUCAUUCCACAUGACUGGUAUUCGCAUUUCAGCCGCUAUCAGAUUUCACUAUGUUCGACACCUCUUCAACCAGACGAUUCAUGUCCUCGACUCUCUCCCACCCGGCCACGCCGUCGGCACCAUCACGUCCAGCAGCAACACCCUACAAAUUGGCAUUUCUGAGAAGCUCGUCACAUUCAUCGAAUACACCUCUCUAAUCAUCGCUUCUCUUAUCGUGACCUUGACCUGGAACUGGGAACUGGCACUCGUCACCUUGUCCGGCUUUGUUGUCAUCGUCCUGAUCGUCGGUACCUUGUUUCCCCUCACCGUCAAAGGCCAAGCUCGCCAAGCCCAGUCGGAAGGAGAGGCAGCAGGUCUCUCAAGCGAGGCUUUUGCUAGCAUUCGCAUGAUUAUGGUAUGUGGUGCGCAGCAGCAGAUGGUGGACAGAUAUGGUGCCUCAAUCGAGGAGGCCAAGAAGCACGCACGAGCUACAAGCCCACUCACGUCACUCCAAUUUGCCUUGACGUUCUUUGGUGUCUUCGCCACUGUCGCCCUCACGUUCUGGUAUGGUACUCUGAUCUUCACCAAGGGCAGACUAGAUGAUGUCGGAGUUCUCAUUGUUGUCCUGAUGAACCUUACCACCAUUUUCUUUUCCAUGGACUGUGUUUCAGCCCCCAUGCAGGCUAUAGGGAGAGCUUCCCUCGCCGCCUGCGAGUUUUUCUCCCUCAUCGACGCACCUGCACCUGAGAGAGGCUCACUUAGAGAGCCUCAGGUAUCUGCGACGGACGAUAUUAUCUUUGGCGGUGUCACCUUUGCGUACCCGAGCAGGCCCAACGUCAAGAUUCUUGAUGAGCUUGACUUGCGCAUCGAAGCUGGCAAGAUCACUGCCAUCGUGGGACCCUCGGGCUCUAGGAAAAGCACCAUCGUUGGCCUGAUUGAGCGUUGGUACUCCCUCACGCAGCAGUAUGUGAUUGCCAAGGCUAUACAGGCUGAGGAGUACAAAAAGAAGAAGGGAGACGAAGGCGAUGACUCCAGGGGUGUUGAACUUCAAGAGACUGGAGACACAGUUGAGCUGCGGGGAAGUGUCACGACCUGUGGCCAUUCUCUUGACGAGAUCGACGGGUACGAUACAAAGGUCGGUGAUGGUGGCGCUGGACUCUCCGGCGGCCAAAGUCAACGCCUCGCAAUCGCGCGAUCUAUUGCCAAGAGACCUUCCAUCCUCAUCCUCGACGAAGCAACUAGCGCAAUUGACGUACGCGGCGAGCGCAUCGUACAGGAAGCCCUCAACAAGGCUGCAAAAGGUCGAACGACCAUCAUUAUCGCCCAUCGACUCUCCACCAUCAAGAACGCCGAUCGCAUCGUGGUUCUCAAGAAGGGCAAGGUCGUUGAGUCUGGCACACACGAGAGUUUAAUCUCUGCAGAUGGUGUCUACACUGGCCUCGUCAAUGCUCAGGCUCUAUCCUCUGGGGACUGUUCGGAGGAGGACAUAUAUGAUGGGCUUGACACGGAAGACAUUGACACUCUCAGCCGCGAAAAGAGUCAUGCAGUCUCUGAAUACGGCGACCACCUGCAAUACGACAAGCACAAAAGUGGAAAGGGCCGUGAUUUCUUUGGAAGCUUUGGCCGGCUCUUCUUCGACUCCAAGACCUCCUGGGGCCUCAUGAUCUUCUCCUUCAUCGCUUCUAUGGCAGCUGGUACAGCGCAGCCCUUGUACGCCUGGAUGUUUUCCAUAUCCAUCGAUCUGUUCAAGUACCAGGAUGAUCACUCCAAGCUCAUGGACAAGGUGGACUUUCUGGGUAUUAUGUGGACUGCUUUUGCAGCUUCUGCCGCCAUCGCCUAUUACUUCACCUUCAUCUCCUCCGGCCGCGUCGCAUCCUUCAUCCGGGCAAAGUACCAGACGCAAUGCUUUUCUUCGCUCAUCUUCCAGCGAGCUGCGUACUUUGACGAAGACGGACAUUCCCAUGGCACACUAGUCUCACGCGUGAGGGACGACCCCCUGAAGCUUGAAGAGAUCAUGGGCACCAGCAUCGCCCAGGUCUGCAUCGCCGUCUUCAACGUCAUCGGCGGUCUGGUAAUGGCCCUCGUGUCAAUGGCUGCUGUUAUUCCGAUGAACGACGAGGUGUUUGCCGAGAGUUCACAAUUCGCAUCAGAGGCUAUCAACGCCUUCCGAACCGUUUCCUCAUUGACCCUAGAGGACUCUAUAUCUGCUCGCUUCGAAAACCUAUGCCACGGCCACGUCUCUUCUGCAUUCAAGAAAGCUCGCUGGGUCAGCAUUCUUCUCGGAUUCUCUGACAGCGCUACUCUAGGCUGCCAAGCUCUCAUUUUCUACUGCGGCGGUCGGCUCCUCACUCAGGGAGAGAUUGGCGUCAUGGGUUUCUUUGUGUGUCUGAUGGCCAUGAUGAAUGCCGCAAAGGGAUUUGGCCAGAGCUUGAGCUUUGGUCCCAACGCUGCCCAAGCGGCUGCUGCAUCGAACCGUAUCCUGGAGGCGAGAGAGUCUCGCUUGAUGGAGCCUGUCGGUAAAUGGGAUAUUCCUGAUGCCGAUGGUGGCAUCACGAUUGAGCUGCGGGAUGUCCGCUUGAGGUACGCUAGUCGAAAGACGCCCGUUUUGAAUGGGCUGAACACGACUAUAGAAAAGGGGAAGUUUGUUGCUUUGGUCGGUGCCUCAGGUUGUGGCAAAACAAGCAUCAUUUCUUUGCUUGAGAGAUUCUACCAGCCCGAGAAGGGCCAGAUCCUCUGCAAUGGAAAGGACAUUUCAGAUGUCAACAUCUAUACUUACCGCAAGCAUCUGUCUCUCGUUGCCCAGGAGCCCACUCUCUUCCAAGGUACACUCCGAGAUAAUAUCCUUCUUGGAAUCGACCCCAGCACCAUCACCGACGAUCAACUACACGCCGCCUACCGCGACGCUUCAAUCCACGACUUCAUCGCCUCCCUCCCCGAAGGCUACAACACCAACAUCGGCUCCCGCGGCGUCUCCCUCUCGGGUGGCCAAAAGCAACGCGUCUCCAUCGCCCGCGCCCUCAUCCGCAACCCCCAAGUCCUCCUCCUCGACGAAGCCACCAGCUCUCUAGACUCUGAGAGCGAGAGGCUCGUCCAGGCAGCCUUUGAGCGCGCGGCAAAGGGGAGGACCAUGUUUGCUGUGGCUCAUAGGCUUGCUACGGUGCAGAAUGCUGAUGUUAUCUACGUCUUUGGUGAGGGUGGUCAUGUGCUUGAAAGGGGGAGUCAUGGACAGCUCCUCAAGGAAAGAGGUGUCUAUUACCAGAUGUGCCAAAACCAGGCUCUUGACCAGUAG